AUGGCCAAAACCCUAACCAUCCUCACCCUUCUCACCAUCCUCUCCCUACCACACUUCCAAUUAAUCCAUACCUCCCUGUCCUUCGAAGACGAGGGCGAAUACUACCUCCUCGACUCCCCCGCCCCCACCACCAACCCAGCCAGGUCAAGAACCAGCCGGUUCUUGGCCUCGGCCGCAAUAAAAAAAGGCGCUAGCUGCAGCGCGACGACAACGAGCCACCACCACAGCGUCGUGACAUGCAACGGAGUGCGGGCGAACAACGGCACGUGCCUCCUCUACUGCUGCAAGAAGCACUGCCGCAACGUGCUCGGCGACCACAACAACUGCGGCGCGUGCGGCCACAAGUGCCGCUUCACGGAGCGGUGCUGCGGCGGCGUUUGCACGAAUGUGUUGGGGAACGCCGCGAAUUGUGGCAACUGCGGCAGGAAAUGCCCUCUUGGAAUCAAGUGUGACUUCGGUUAUUGUGGCUAUGCAUAA